GUUUCACAGUCAGCACAGCACAGUGGGUUAAGGGGUUUAUCAAAAAUUCUAAUUCUAAAACCCUAAAACAAAGGAAGAAGAAGAGCAUGAAAGCUUAGAGAGUGAAGAGGCAUGUCGAUAAUUCUGAGACGCGCAUUCUCUCAUCGGAACCUCCUUCUCCUACGCAGCUCCGCCUUCUAUGGCGGCGACCUUUCUCAUCAACUCAUUAACAGUGCCCACAACAACAACAACAACAACAACAACUCCAACACCCACAUUCAUGAUCUCACUCUUCCCACCACACUUCAUUUCCUCACACAUUCUCGCAGAGGCUUCGCCAAAGGACGCAAAUCAAAGGAUGAUGAUGCUGUGAGCACUAUUGAAGUUUCGCCUGAUAUUGGGCCUACUAUUAAGGCAAAUGCUACCUCAAUGAUGGAGGCAGCAAUUGCUGCAUUAUCAGGAGAGUUGAACAAACUAAGAACAGGAAGGGCAUCUCCAGGAAUGCUUGACCACAUUAUUGUUGAACUUGAUGGUGUAAAGAUGCCCUUGAGCCACUUAGCUGUUGUUUCGGUCAUGGAUUCCAAGACAUUAUCAGUAAAUCCUUAUGAUCCAAAUACCAUUAAAAAGUUAGAGAGCGCCAUUGUUGCUUCUCCGUUAGGCUUAAGUCCCAAAGCGGAUGGUGAGCGAUUGAUUGCAGUUAUUCCACCAUUGACAAAAGAGCAUAUACAGGCUGUGUGUAAGGUGGUUACGAAGUCUUGUGAAGAUGCCAGACAAAGUAUAAGAAGGGCUCGCCAGAAGGCAAUGGAUACGGCAAAGAAAUUAUAUUCACAUGCCCCAAAGGAUGAUGUAAAAAAAUUGGAGAAGGAAGUUGAUGAGUUGACCAAAAAAUUUGUCAAGUCUGCAGAGGAUAUGUGUAAGGCAAAGGAGAAGGAGAUUACUGGAGGCUGAGAUGCAGUGUCCCAUCUGCACUCUGAGUUUAUUUUGCAGGAGUACACAGCUUUUAAAAAUCUCCAUCUUGGUGACUACCCCUUGAUAUCAGAAUACUUGGUGCUUGAUUCCAUGAUAAAGUGAGCUUAUGCCAUGUUUCUUUUAUAGUUAAAUAUAUUUGAGGUCAGUGGAAAUCGUUCAUCGCAUUUGCAGCUAGAUGGCAGUUUCAGUAAAAAAUCAUGUAGAAACAUUUUUGAUGUGACAAAUAUUUUCAUUUAUAUUUUUAAGAGCUUUGGAAAAUUUUCUGGAGCCUGGAGGAAUUGCCAAUUAAUUAAAAAGGACAUGAACCUCAAA